UGUUGCAGAUGACAGUCCGUGAUGCUUUAAAUUCAGCACUUGACGAAGAAAUGUCUGCUGAUCCCAAAGUCUUUCUAAUGGGUGAAGAGGUUGGUGAGUACCGAGUUGCGUAUAAGAUCUCCAGAGGGCUUUUGAAGAAAUAUGGCCCUGAGCGGGUUCGUGAUACACCUAUCACCGAGGCUGGAUUUACCGGUAUUGGAGUUGGAGCAGCAUAUUUUGGUCUAAAGCCUGUAAUAGAGUUUAUGACCUUUAACUUCUCAAUGCAGGCCAUUGAUCACAUUAUUAAUUCGGCUGCAAAAUCAAAUUACAUGUCUGUCGGUUAGAUAUCAGUGCCUAUUGUUUUCAGAGGCCCAAAUAGUGCUGCUGCUGGCGUAGGUGCUCAACAUUCGCAGUGCUUUGCAGCAUGGUAUGGUUCAUGUCCAGGAUUAAAGGUAUUGGUUCCAUAUUCUUCAGAAGAUGCACGAGGCCUGCUGAAAGCUGCUAUAAGGGAUCCAGAUCCUGUCGUGUUCCUUGAAAAUGAAUUGCUAUAUGGAGAAUCAUUUCCUGUCUCGGCUGAGGCUCUUGAUUCC